AAUUCCCAGUGCCCCGUGCUCAUUCUUCUGCCUGAGCGGGUUGUCAGGUUGAGAGAAGACUCCAAUUGCAGUGAUUCAGUCUGAUUACAUUUAUUUUCGCCAUUAGGUCUAUUUAAGGAAACAUCUGAUAGCAACAGUUCAUCUUACUUACUGGGACUAUUCCUGAAGUUGGCAACAUUAAACAUGGAACUAAAUGGCACUGCUGGUAAACACGGGUUAGAGGGCGAUGCAGACCUGGAGUUCCUGUUGGUGGGCGGCGAGCUGCAGAAGGUGCGGUCCAACUCGUGGAAGAAGAGCCGCUUCUACAAGCUGCAGGAGGACUGCAAGACCAUGUGGCACGAGUCCCACAAGACCUUCAGAAGCACCCAGACCUUCUCCAUUGAUGACAUUGAGGCAGUGCGUCAUGGCCGGCAGUCCGAGGGGCUUCAGAAGUACACCGACGCCAGUGUGGAGGAACGCUGCUUCUCCGUCAUCUUUAAGGGUCGGCGCAAGAACCUGGACCUCAUGGCCAGCUCCGUCGAGGAGGCCAAGCGCUGGGUGACCGGCCUGGACAAAGUAAUCACCAACAUGCGUGGGCUCAACCGGCAGAAGACCAGUGAACAUUGGAUCUUCAACUGCAUGCGCAAAGCGGACAAGAACAAAGACAACAAGAUGACCCUGAAAGAGCUGAAGCACUUCCUGCACCAGAUCAAUAUCGAAGUGGACGACACGUACGCCGAAGAGCUCUUCAGCAAAUGUGACAAGUCGAACUCAGGCGCCCUGGAGGGCACGGAGAUCAAGCACUUCUACGACCUGCUGACGCACCGCGAGGAGAUCGACGUGAUCUACGCCAAGUACGCGCAGACGGACGGCCAGAUGAGCGCCGCCAACCUGCUGAGCUUCCUGCAGAACGAGCAGAUAGAGAGCGUCACCUUGGAGCACGCCGUCAAACUCAUCGAAAAGUAUGAGCUCGAUGACCCAGCCAAGCAGAAGAAGCAGAUGACCAAAGACGGUUUCCUGAUGUAUCUGCACCAAGAGGAGGGGCUUAUCUUUAACCCCGCCCACAAAGAGGUGUACCAGGACAUGACUCAGCCCAUAAACCAUUACUUCAUCUCCUCCUCUCACAACACUUAUCUGAUGGAGGACCAACUCAAAGGGCCCAGCAGCACAGAAGCCUACAUCAAGGCGCUGAUGAAGAGCUGUCGCUGUGUGGAGCUGGACUGUUGGGAUGGACCCAACGGAGAGCCCAUCAUCUAUCAUGGCUACACGCUCACGUCCAAGAUCCUCUUCAAAGACGUCAUCAAGGCCAUUAAAGAAUAUGCCUUCAAAACCUCAGAGUACCCGGUCAUCAUCUCUCUGGAGAACCACUGCACGGUGGAGCAGCAGAAGCUCAUGGCCCAGCACAUGGUCUCCAUCCUGGGGGACGCGCUGCUCACGCAGCCCCUGGGGGACCAGAUGCCCUCAAACUUCCCCUCACCAGAGGAGCUGAAGGGGCGCUUUCUGAUCAAGGGCAAGCGGCUGAACAAACUGGACGCCGCCUUCAACAACAACAGCGCCGUGGAGGACGACAGCGUGUCUGAGGAGGACGAGGCGGCCGACUGCAAAGAGAACGGCCAGAAGCCCAAAGACAAGACGUCCAAGAUUAAGCUGGCCAAGGAGCUCUCAGACUUGGUCAUCUACUGCAAGAGUGUGCACUUCAGUGGCUUUGAACACGCUCGCGAUAGCCAAGCCUUCUACGAAAUGUCCUCCUUCAAGGAGGGCAAAGCUGUCAACCUGGCAGACGCAUCAGCCACAGCCUACAUUCACCACAACAUGGACAAGCUCAGCAGAAUCUACCCAGCUGGCUCUAGGACCGACUCAUCCAACUACAACCCUGUGCCUCUGUGGAACGCCGGCUGCCAGAUAGUGGCCCUGAACUUCCAAACGCACGGUAAGGAGAUGGAUCUGAACCAGGGCCGUUUCCUGCCCAACGGGAUGAGUGGCUACGUCCUCAAGCCCGAGUUCCAGAGGGACCCAGCCUCCCAGUUUGACCCCAAAUCCCUCCAGAAAGGCCCAUGGUACAAGAAGAAGACUCUUCACAUCAUGGUGAUCUCGGCCCAGCAGCUGCCCAAGCUCAACAAGGACAAGUGCAAGUCCAUCGUGGACCCCCUGGUCAGGGUGGAGAUCUUCGGCGUCCCGGCGGACGCUGCAACCAAAGAGACGCACUACCUUGAUAAUAACGGCUUCAACCCCAUGUGGAAUGAGAACUUCAAGUUUGACGUGCAUGUGCCUGACCUGGCCAUGGUGCGCUUCGUGGUGGAGGACCAUGACACCACAUCCCAGAACGACCUGAUUGGUCAAUACUGCGUGCCCUUCACCAGUCUACAGCUAGGUUACCGUCACGUCCCACUGCUCACCAAGAGAGGUGACAUCAUAUCCUCCGCCGGACUCUUCGUGCACAUCAUGGUUGUGGACGCAGAGUGAAGCUGGGCCGACAUCUGAAGGUCAAAAGCGCAAUGCAGAGACAAUCAGACGAGCUUCGCCAUCGUGUCUUAAUAUCCCUCUAGUUGUACUGGCGAGGCAAAAAUAUGCCAAAUUAUGAUACGAGAGUUGCAUAUUACAGUGUAUGGUAAAUUGCUUGAAUCCUGUUAAAAAUAUUUUUUAUGUCAGCCGAGAGGUAUAGGUUAUAGGUGUAGGCAGGGGUCAUGUGAUGGGUAGGAAAUGAAAAUGUGAAUGAAAAAAAAAAUUGAAGUGACCUGAACUCACUUCAGAGAAAGUGUAAAACGUCACAGAAAACAACCGCUUCGGAGGUCUUCACAGGACACAUCAGAAGGCAAGCUGACAAGCUGGGAUGUGUCUGGCAUGCUGUGGAGGGGUUUGUCAGAUUUAGAUCAGAUCAGGUUUUAAUUAUCACUGUGUUUUUAAUCUCUGUAUGCAGUCUUAAUACAACUUACAAGUCGGCGGGCGUUUACGACUCUCUGCAGUAUAAACAUUUAAAAAGCCAACAGUUGGCUAGAACUUAGAGGAGUCAUCAUAUACAGUACAUGUUUUAUAUUAAUGCUGAAUGUUUGAUUUUGCUCUUGAAAUAGGGAGAGUCAUGUGUGUCAAGGCCAAAUACACUAAACCCCCACAACAAAGGCUCUUACUGAAGUCAUGGAAAGUGACUCAAUGGCUGUCCACCUCAGUGAACUUUGGCUCAGUGUGCCUUCAUCCAGCAUGACAUGCAUGUACUCUUCGACAGCGACACAGCAUUUACACAGUGUGGGAACCAAAGCUGAUUAUGAGGAGCUGUGAGGUUAAUUGUCAGGUCUCUCUGAGUAAGAUUAUGCUAUUGGAGGUAAACGUUUAUAAUUCAACAUAUGUGUGAUCAUGCUAUUACCUAUAAUUGUCUGCUAUUCUUUGUUUUCUCUGACGGUGUAAAGCACAUGGAUGCCUUGUGUAUGAAAUGUGCUAUACGAACAAAACAAAAUCGCCUUAAUCUUGCCUUGAUGUAUAUAGACACAAUCCACAGCUUCUGCUUUCUGUUCAUAAUAUAAAUAAUGUUUCUAAAUGUUCACAAUAACGCCCUCUGGUGUCUGAAAUGAGUAAUGCUUAUGCUAUGGGAUGUCUGACUGGACUUGCCAUGAGUCCUUAUGUUCAUGGUUUAUCAGUAUUUAUGUGAAAUCUAAACAUUCUGUUUAACUGAAAAUACCUGAGAUGGAGGGGAAACACUGACAUUGCACAAUAUGUUGCAUUUAUAGUCAUUGUUUUGUCAGUGUUUUUUCAUUUAAUGUUUUAUUUUACUUUAAAGAGUUAUUGUAAUCAUACUAACACACAUCUGUAUCUGUAAAUACAUAAAAUGUAUUGCGUUUUUUUGUUGCUGUUGUGGUUGACAGAAUAUCAUUUAUAUAUAUAUUUAACUUUUUAUGCUCUAUCUUGAUUUGACUGUAUGCGUUUUUACAUACUGUCCUAACAAGCCAUCCUGCAUUUUGGUGUUAAGUGCCUUUGGGAGUUUGGUUAAAGGACUUACAUUUUAGUAUCAGACUUUCACGUAUGUGCCUUUCCAUUUUGAUAGAAAAUGAAUUUGAAUUGAGAAUGUAUGAUGAGGGGUCUUCAUAUAUUAUACAUAGAGCAUAUUUACAUGCCAUUUUCACUCAGUAAAAUUAUGUAAAAAUGUAUGUAAAGGUCCUUUAAAGCAACACAAGAUUUCUUUUAUUUAUGACCCCAUAUUGGCAUCAAUAUUCAACGCCACAUAGUGCUGAGAUGGUACCCUGUUCUACAAGGGAUAAUUCUGUGGGUCAUGCUCCUACUCGGUCAGCAACAUUUCAUACUUUAGUGCUAUAUCAAGUGAUCCGGGUGUGCACUGGCCAUGUCAGAGACAUCAUUCUUCUUAUCAUAAGUCAGUGUGGGAUCAAAAGAAGUGAAGCCUUUAUGUUAAGGUAAACCGUAUUGUGUUGCUUUAAAGUGAUAUCUACUUAGUUUGUAUAGUCUAGCUAAUGUUCCAGAUGUGUUCCACAAUCUGUAGAUGUACACUACGUGUUCUACAUAAUCCCUUAAAGAGUUCUAAGUUGAGCCAUUGGGACAAGAAGGUCUAUUUCUCUGUGAGUCUUCUGUUUCUCAGAAUACUCUAAAAAGUCCAGAAUGUUCUCUGUGUUUCUUGACUAAUCUGUAUCUGUUCUGUAAAGUUCUUAGAGUUUUUGACAGCGACGGAACGGAAGGCUACAGUCGGACAAAGACAUAAAAUUGUUGAAACUGCAUUAUUAAUUUACGGCAGAUUUUAACAGUCUGUUUGUAUGUCAGAUCAUUGUUAGGUUAGUUUUUUACAUGUCAGAUUAUUAAUACUGCUUGAUGUCAAUGUUAUACAGGUGAUAAUGUCUGAAUCUAAGUACAUAUCAUUUUCUUUUAACAUCAUAUUUCAAAAAUAUCAUUUCAAAAUAUAUUUAGAAAUAUUAAAGUGUAAUGUUGUUUUAUCAAGUCUUUUUUUAAUGUUACUCAACAUUAAUCUUUUAGAGUGAGUAGUCAUUCUGUUGCUAUUGAACAAUUCCCAUUAAGUUGCAAUUGCGUUAAAUAAACUGUUAACAUUUUG